CGGGGGUUAAAAACCCCUGCCCAGGGCUCCUCCGGCCUUUUGUCCCAGUGUCCCCCGAGGGAAGCGCGACCCAGAUCCGUCAUGACGUCCUACAGCGACAAAGGACAGAAGCCUGAGAGAGGCCGAUUCCUCCACUUCCACUCCGUGACCUUCUGGGUGGGCAAUGCCAAGCAGGCCGCGUCCUUCUACUGCAGCAAGGUGGGCUUUGAGCCGCUGGCCUACAAGGGCCUGGAGACGGGCUCCAGGGAGGUGGUCAGCCAUGUGGUCAAGCAAGGGCAGAUCGUGUUUGUUUUCUCCUCUGCUCUGAACCCCUGGAACAAAGAGAUGGGCGACCACCUGGUGAAACACGGGGACGGAGUGAAGGACAUCGCGUUCGAGGUGGAAGAUUGCGACUACAUCGUGCAGAAAGCCCGGGAACGGGGUGCCAAAAUCAUCCGCGAGCCCUGGGUGGAGCAAGACAAGUUCGGGAAGGUGAAGCUUGCUGUGCUGCAGACGUACGGUGACACAACGCACACGCUGGUGGAGAAGAUGAACUACACCGGCUGCUUCCUGCCCGGGUUCGAGGCCGUGGACUGCAAGGACCCCCUGCUCUCCAAGCUGCCCCAGUGCGGCCUUGAGGUCGUGGACCACAUCGUGGGCAACCAGCCUGACCAGGAGAUGCAGUCUGCCUCCGAAUGGUACCUGAAGAACCUGCAGUUCCACCGCUUCUGGUCCGUGGACGACACGCAGGUGCACACGGAGUACAGCUCCCUGCGCUCCAUCGUGGUGGCCAAUUACGAGGAGUCCAUCAAGAUGCCCAUCAACGAGCCGGCGCCGGGCAGGAAGAAGUCCCAGAUCCAGGAGUAUGUGGACUACAACGGGGGCGCCGGGGUGCAGCACAUUGCUCUCAAGACCGGAGACAUCAUCUCGGCGAUUCGCCACUUGAGAGAGAGAGGCAUGGAAUUCCUGCACGUCCCAUCCACGUACUACAAACAGCUGCGGGAGAAGCUCAAGUCGGCCAAGAUCCGGGUGAAGGAGAACUUGGACGUGCUGGAGGAGCUGAGAAUCCUGGUGGACUACGACGAGAAAGGCUACCUCCUGCAGAUCUUCACCAAGCCCAUGCAGGACCGGCCCACGCUCUUCCUGGAAGUCAUUCAGCGCCACAACCACCAGGGCUUUGGAGCCGGCAACUUCAACGCACUGUUCAAGGCUUUCGAGGAGGAGCAGGCCUUGCGGGGCAACCUCACCGACAUGGAGAUCAAUGGGAUAGCGCGGGGCAUGUAGGCACCCCCCCCCCACCCCGCCCAGUCUUGCCUGACCAGCCGAGGCCCCGCCCACCCGCCGCUGCACGGCAGGCCACGCCCCCUAGUUCUGGAACACGCCCACCCCACGGGAAUCGGAGAGCCAGCCCUUCUUACUGGCCAUCCCCUUUAGGCCCCGCCCACCAGCCGGUUUGGGGCCCAAGGUUCCGCCCACCUCCUGGUGUCCCCGGCCUCUGCGGCUCUCCGGAAUAAAGAGGGCCGGGAUCCCA